CAACUUUCUUGCAACGACUAACUGCACAACGUCGUCCGCCCUGCGCAGACCACUGUCGCUCAUUCACCUGACAUCUUUACCAUGAUUCACGAGCGCACAUGAAACCACAAGCCGUGCAUGUAACCCCGAAGAAAGUUGACGCGCAUUUGACCCGAAUCGCGGCACACCAGUCCCAAUGACUGCGCUCGUUGCGCGCCAACCGCUACAGCCCCUACCAAUGUCAGCAACACAGAGGCCAAGCCGAAGAUUGAGUGCGCGAGUCCAAGACAAAGAUGACGCCGUCACCGCCGCUUCAGCGCAAAUCAAUGGUAACGCAAGGAUGGUUGGCAGCACAUCUCGCACAUCACGAACGCAAGGGGCAAGAGGUGGAAACGAAAAGAAGCGGAAAAUCGAUUACGACGAAGAGGAUGAUGGUUUUAUGUUUAGACGCGUCAAAUCGAAACCCGAGCCGAAGGUGACCACCGAAAAAAGGAAUGAACAUGCUUCUGAAGAAGUCGAACCCCAGAGAAAGUUGACAGAGGAGGAACCAAUCCAAAAAAGCGAGGAACAACCCAUACACCACCAACAGCCCACAAAAAGGGCGAACAGAUUAUCAUUCUCAACACCUGGCCCGAAGGAACAAACCGCAGUUCGCCGGUCGAAACGUCUCUCAGGAGAUAAGGCGAGGCAUGGCGGUAGCCCUUCGAUGUCAGCGCAUCCGAAGGCUAGGCGAAAAUCGAAAGAGACGCGAGCAGAAAGACCGCGCGAGGAGCCACCAAAAGAACUUCCAGCACAGAGGGAGCCGCAGCAUUCUCGACAAUCACCUAAGAGAGCCCAAGCAACGGCAUCCGCAGAAACCCAGCCUUCCGCUCAGAACAAGGAAAUGGGUACAGGUCCUUCAGACAUCCCUAGUCAGAUACCCAGUGAGCACGAGGAUACGAUUAGGUCGGCACCCCACGAGGAUCAUUCAGCAACUAAGAUAUCUUUACCAUUCGCCGAUACACCAGUCAUAAAGCGCAAUAAAGCCAUGCGCGAAGGAAAAUCAGGAAAGGGUGAACGAAGAAGUAGCUUGGGUCUUCGGGGCCGGAGGGCUAGUUCACUCAUCGAGAGUGGGAAUUCCAAUGCUCUUCCACACAAGGAAGUGGAAAUCCCAGAUUUCUAUAAACAUAUCGAAAGCGAAGGACUCCCCGAACCACGGCGAAUGAGACAGCUUCUGACCUGGUGCGCAACCCGUGCACUAGACGAGAAGCCCAUGGGAACGGACUUUGAGGACUCUAGUGCGCGAUCAGCAGCGCGAGUGAUCCAAGAAGAGUUGCUGAAAGAUCUUUCGAACGAAUCCAAAUUAUCAGACUGGUUUACGAGGGAAGAUGAGCCAGUUCAAAGGAAGCCUUUACCACAACGGCCCAAUCCGAAGAAUAUCCAAAAUAUGGAGAAAAUCGCCGAGCUGGAGGAGCAGAUCAAGCGGCUUCGAUCAGAAAAGGAAGCCCUGGAAAAUCUCCUUCGACGUCCACCUAUAUCUAACUCAGAUCAGAUCCAGGAGUCGAUCAAAUCAAAUGACAAUAAUUUGGACCAAAGAUUGUUAUCGGAGACGGAUAUUACAGCUCUUGAUAGCCUCCCUGCCACUUCAACAUCCUCUGAUCAAGUAUCGAAAUGCCUUAACAGGCUGUACGAUUCACUAGGUCCCACGAUCGACCAAUUCGCCGACGGGAUCCAUACAAUAGGUCAAUACCGACAGGCAGCAGAUAAUGUCGCAAGCAGAGCAUUGGCUAUAUGUGCAGAAAGACUCUCACGACAAGAGAAUGAAGGCAGGAAGAAGGCUCUGCCGGAUGCACAAGGUACACCACCCAAGGAUCUGGGUGGUGUGCUGCGAAGUUUGAGCAGAGCGGAAAGAUGACGACUUUUUUUUCUUGAAGCAUUGAAUACUCCCUCUUUGUGGAUAGUUGUAUAUGAAUGAAUGCUUGAUGAAAUUGUGGGGAAACGUGUCGAAUCAGU